AUGGUAAUGUCAUUUCAACCUUUUAAUGUUAUCGAACCAUGGGUAUUCGAAACCAUCACCCCAUCACAAUUUAUCACCUUCACAAUGCCAAACCCGCUUAACCACCGUCGGUUGCUCCACGCUCUAGUGAUCCGCGUCGCUGUACUCGAUUCUCCGAUCGCCACCGCUGACGAUGAGGUCCCUUUAAUCGCCGCCAUGAUUGUACCUAAUCACCGGGAAACAGACUGGAACUUCUGUACAGAAUCCGGACAUCUUCAGCUCCUAUAUGACUCCCACAACGUCUCCCGCCUUAUCCUAAUCGGUAAUAAUCCCCCGCCUAAUCCAGAACCCUCUAUUUAUAUUCGUCCUCAAGUUACUGGUCCCUUGGAGAAACAAAGACUAGAAAACGAAUUGAAACCACUACUCAUGGCUUUGCAUCCGAAAGGCCUGUUGUUGGUGAAUUUCGUCGUUGAAGAUGUUGAACUGGAGGGUAACCGUGACAGAAGUAAAAUGCUCCGGAGGAGAUUGAGGUUUAAAAGAAUGCCUAAUUUGAUACAAUCUCAGGUCCCUCUUAUACAUGUUAUUGGUGACGACGAAGCUACAACACAGGUAGACUUGGAAAGUUUGAGGAAGAUAGUAAACGCAAAGUUUGACGUUGAUACAACUGUUUUGGUUCACCCAUACUUGCCUCCAAUGGUUGCUGGUCUUUUCUUGAUUGCUUCACAUCUCAAUGAGCGAAUUCAACAAGGGUUUACUCCAAGAGCUUUGUGUUUAGGGAUUGGUGGUGGUGUUUUGUUAAGUUUCUUGAAAACUCAAUUGGGUUUUGAUGUUAUUGGAGUGGAGGCCGAUAAGGUUGUUUUAACUGCUGCAACAAAGCAUUUUGGGUUUAAUAAAUCGGGUUCUAUUCGACUCAUUGUAGGAGAUGCUAUAGAAGUGAUACAAAACUUUCCGUCCCAAAAGAUAAAAGGGGACAUAGAUGGUUCAAAGGUUAAUAAUGAUGUCCUAGAUACUAAAUUUGAUGUAGCUAUGGUUGAUUUGGAUUCAAAUGAGGCUCAAAAUGGAAUUAGUGCUCCACCACCAGAAUUUGUUAAGAAACCUGUUUUUAAAGCUGCGAGAUCACUUCUUGAUGAUCAUGGUGUCCUUAUUAUCAAUGUGGUUCCUUUAAACGAACUAUUUUAUACGACAUUGGUAAAAGAUCUUAAGGAUACUUUCAUACGGUUUAUGGAAUAG